UAUGUAUCCCAGGUAAACGCCCGAGCAGAACAGCAUACAGAGUCCACAAAGGAAUGCCCAAAAGAACAUCACAGGUUCUCCCAUGGUCUCUUGUCUGUUGUUGUACAAUACGGUAUCGGGUGGCGAUGGUGAUGGGCGGAUGGAUUAAUUUCCCAGUUAGUGCACAUGUCGGACAGCCAAAGAACUUUCUUUCCAUCUCAUCUCAUCUCAACCCCCAAGCUUCCCCGCCAACCAACUCGAUGUCACUCACCAUGAAUCAACAGUGACUGCCAUCUCAACCCAUCAACCGUGUCUGCGAAAGCUUCUAGAUGCCCUACAUCUUCCCACAACCCCUCCCCUUCCUCGACCCAACACCACAAACCAUGCUCCUCAAUAAACGCCUCACGACCUUCCUCUCCCAAAACACAACCCCACAACUCCCAACCCUCCUCCUCCUCUCCCCCACCGGCAAGCUUCUCACCAGCUCCUCACCCCUCCCCGCCUCCACCCUCCGCACCCAAGCCACGCUCGCAUGCUCCCUCUGGACCCUCUACCAACCCUCCCUCCCCUCCCUCAUCUCAACUUCCCUCCCGUCGCGACACCAUCCCGAUCCUAGUCCGCGGGGCUCAGACUCCACGAUCUCGAGCGCCGCCACCGCGACGGAAAGCGAGCUGAGCGCCAUCACCAUCCAGCUCACGCACGGCGUGAUGGUCAUCAGACAGUUAGCGUGCGGACUGCUGUUCGUGGCGAUUGGGGCGCCAUUAAGUCCGAGUGCGCAGCCAGCGAGUCCGCCGUCUUCGCCGCCGGCGGGGAAUGCCGAGGAGUAUACGGAGGGAGGCAGUUUGGUCGGGGUGGGGAGUGCGGCUGCGAGUGAGGCGGGGAGUGUGAGGAGUGUGGGGGGUAGCAGGACGGGGAUUAUGGGGAUUAGGAGGCGGGCGGAUGAGGUGGGACGGUGGUUGGAUGGGCAGUUGGAGGGGUUUACGUUGAGUUCUGGGGAGGGGAGAUGA